AUGGAGGAGAUUCCAUGGGGAAAUUGCUCUUACGAUUUGGAAAUGGACCAUGAAGUCACAGAAAGUUUGUGUGACACAAACAACACAUUUGAGGAAGAGUUCCUAAGAGAUAUCUUCCAUCAGACACCACAAGAUCUAUUCAUGAGUCUCCCUAUUGACAACAACAACAACUCAUCCAUCAAUGUCUCUCAUUCAACUGAUCAACAUGUUGCAGAAAAGCCAUCAUCUUAUAUUCUUUCUUUUGACAAAUCCUCUAUAUUGUUACCACCAACUCAACAACAUAUUGAUCAUUUGAAAUGUUCUUUGCCCUUGUCAUCAAAAUCAAAGGCUAACCAAAGCUCGAAUUCGAGGAAGCGUCGAAGCGCAUCUGAAACACUUGAUCACAUAAUGGCGGAGAGGAAAAGGAGAAAGGAAAUUAGAAUGAUGUUUAUAGAACUUUCAGCCAUUUUACCUGGAUUGAAGAAGACAGAUAAAAGUUAUAAACUAAGAGAAGCUGUCAAUUACGUGAAACAAUUUAAAGAACGUGUAAAAGAGUUGGAGCAAGACAUCAAGAAGAGAGAUAAGGAAUUUGUUAACACACUCACAAGAUCUCAUCUCUUCAUUGACAACGAUGUUGCAAUUAUUGGUGCAAGCACUGGAUUCUUGGAGCAAGACAUCAAGAAGAGAGAUAAGGAAUCUGUUAACACACUCACAAGAUCUCAUCUCUUCAUUGACAACGAUGUUGCAAUAGGCGAAAAGAAGACCGAAGAAUCUUAUGAGUGCAACCAAUCACUUCCUCAGGUUGAAGCAAGAGUCCUGGGGAAGGAAGUGUUAAUUAGGGUUCAUUGUGUGAUGCAAAAAGAGAUUGUGGUCAAUAUAAUGUCUCAGCUUCAACUUCAUCAUCUCUCCAUAACUACUUCCAGUAUCUUGCCAUUUAGAAAUACUCUUAACAUCAACAUUGUUGCUCAGAUGGAUGAUAACUGCAACUUGAUAGUGAAAGCUCUAGUGAAAAAACUAAAACUAGUGGCUACAUUACAGACAUGUGAUGAUGUGCAACAGUGA